AUGUCGGGAGGCAUGCCGCUAGAAAGAUGCUUCAAAGAAGCAGAGGAGACCGGAAGAUUAAAUUUAAGCCUGAAAAACCUCCGCGAUUUUCCAGAUCCGACGGACGAUUGCGAACUUAUAGAUGUAAUUGAAAUAGGUGAGUGAUAGGUGCAAGUUUUAAAUAUUGAAUUGUGUUCAGCUCACCGCUGAAUGUCGCUAUUUGUUGCUGUGAUGGGGUUUGGGUACUUGCAGUAUCAUUGUUGGAUGUUAUCUUGUAGAUCUAUCCAAGAACAAGCUCUCAGAAUUUCCCGCUGAGUUAUGUGAUUUUGUUAUGAUCGAGAAAGUUGAUUUAUACCACAACACAAUUCGAGGAGUUCCAGAGUCCCAGCUGAGCGAACUGAAAUUCCUCCGAGUGCUUAACUUAAGGUGGGUGGCUGAAUAAAAAGUGGCAAUAAAUAAUUUGGUAAUUUCUGUUGACCACAUGAUAAUCCGUUAUCAAUUAAGUUUACAAAUGUUGGGAAUGGGAUAUUUGCUUGCAACACACUGUUGUCCCGAUAAACUCGCGCUAAACGGUCCUAAAUCACUCACUCACGAUGUAAGGUUUUAAACAUAUAUUCUUCACUCACAGCAUCCCCUGUUUUUAUUACAACACAACUCCUGAUAAUUUUUCAACGAAAGAUAAAGCGAUUCGUUUUAUGUUUCCUUUGAUUUGGCAGAUUCGAUGCCUAUCUCUUUCCGGUCACUUAACAAUCAAAUUCUAUAUGCGAUAUGAGGUUUGAUUACAUAUGUAAACACGCGAUUUACGACACCCUCCCCCCAUUUGCUUCGAGAGAGCAAAUGUCCAGAACUUAAUCAACAGAUAGAAAAUCAGUCGUUGAAUUUAAGAGUCUCGAACUGCAGUCUGUUGACCAAGCAGCAUCAUAACAUAACAAAUAUUAGAGUUUUUAAAAUCAAUGUGCCAUCUGGCAUGAAAUGCUCAAAAAAUAUAAAAGUUCACUCGUAAUGUUCAUAGUUCUUGGGGUUCUUAAAUUUAUGCAUUGUUCAGUUCAUUGUUCGUCCUCGUUCAUAUCCUGGAUACGAACUCUGGCUGCUGCUGCGGCAUCCCUUUGCGGCCUGUAGAUUGGCGCCAUUGGAUUUAGCGGCUCGGUGGGUUCUGCAUCGGCAUGUCACAACUCAGCUCUAGAGGGUACAGAUGCUGUAUUGGGCGCCCAGGCGUGACUUUCCAGUUUUCAGCUUUGCCCCACGAAUCACGCCAUCACGGCCGGUGAUUAGGUCUUCUACGACUCCCAACUUCCACUGUGCUCGAUUCUUCUCUUCUGAUUUGAUGAUGACGACUUCUCCCUUGGAUGGAUAGGUCGUGUCUCCCUUGUGCUUCAGCGGUGUCUCUCUCUCAGUCCGCUGGAGGUACUCUCUUGUCCAGCGUGACCAUAGUGUAUCCUUGCACUUCCUCAAAUAUUUAGCUCUCUUCCAGGUCGUGUUCCUGGGCGUGAUGAGGUUCUAACUCUGGAAGCAUGUUCGGUUGACCAUAAAGGAAGGUGCUCGGGGUCAGGAUGGGUAGCUGAAUGUCUUCCUCUAGGUAGCUCAACGGUCGGUUGUUGAGUGUCACCUCGGCGUCAAGCAGGACGUCUUGUAGCUCGUCCCAGGUGAGCGUUCCGUUUCCCACUGUCUUGUAGAAAACUCGCUUCACGAGUCCCACCAGUCUCUCAAAUUGUCCACCCCACCAGGGUGCUCUGGACAAGUUAAAUUGCCACUUCACGUUUAUCUUGGCAAGGAAGUCGUGUAGACGUUCAUCCUUCAUCACCUUGUUCAGCCAUUUUGCUGCUCCCACAAAUGUUUUCCGUUGUCGGAGUAUAUCUUCUCCGGGCGACCUUUCCUGGCGAUGAGACGGCUUGAGAGUUCGAUAAACUCUUCCGUCUCCAAGGUUUUGGUCGGCUCGAGGUACACGGCCUUGGGUCAGGCUGCAAGCGUACAGAACGAUGUCGCCUUGCCCUCUCUGUUCUUGCUUAUACGAUACUUAAUGGGUCGCGUAAUCCACUCCAACAACUUGAAAGGGUGAAGAACCUUCUGUCCGAUCCUUUGGCAGGUCGCCUUGGGGUGGGGACGAACGCUUGGGCUUGAAACCGCCGACAGCCGUGGCAACUCUUCACGAUUCCUUUUGUCAAUCUUCUAAGGCACGGAACCCAGUACAGCUCUCGUACCUUUGCCAUGGUACUGACGACUCCCGUGGGGCGUCCCAAGGUGUACUUGUGUUACGAGCUUCUCUGUGAAGCGCUGACUCUCGGGCAAAUACACCGGAUAAUGCCCUUGUAUUCGCCUCGACAUUCUAACACGCCGUCUUGGUUAGGUUGCAGAUUCAGUUGCAACCGAUCUUCUUCGUAAUGCUUGUCUGCUGUGGCUCUGGUCUGGACUCUUUUCACCCAGAAGAUUGUCGCUUUGUUAGUUUCUUCAGUUGUCAGCGGUCCUUCGUGUCUUUUAUCUUUCUGAACGAGCGUUGUGAAGCGAACCGCAUUAUCCACGCACAGAUUCUCAUUGUCCUCCAGUAGGUAAACUUCUCAAGAAGGUUGUCUAGCUCAUCUGUAGUUGCUAUCGCCACAGCAAAAACAUCUCUUGUUGCUUUCACUUCUGCCAUUGAUUCCUCUGAUGCCUUAGUCACAAUGUCUGGAGGCCAGAUCGCUUUGUUCUUCAACCACUUGGCCCGUUGCUCCAAGAGGGAUGGUUUUUCACUUCUCCACCACGGCUUCCAAGGUCAGCAGGGUUCUCCAAGGUCCCUACGUGCCGCCAAGUCACGCCUGAAUGUGCUUGUAUUUUCUCGACUCUGUUACUCACAAACUGCUUAUAUGUGCCUGGGGAUCUGAUCCAGUGCAGGCAACGGUGCUAUCGAGCCAGCAGUACUUUUCGGUAAGGGGAAAUCCGUCCAGGGCGGAGGCCACGUUUACCAAGAGAUUCACUGCCAUAUGUCCGGACACCAACUCUAGCCGAGGGAUCGUCAGUCCCUUUUGGAGAGUCUCGCUCUCGCUGCCACGAGCCCUUGAUUUGAGCCCGACUCUUGAUUGACUACAGCAUACACAGCCGCGCCACGCCCUUCCCACUGGCAUCACCAAAUGCGUGCAACUCUAUUGACUGAAUGUCCUCUUGAUGGGCUGCUAAAGAUCUCGGAACUGUAAGCUGCUCGGGAAGUCGCUUCUCCCAUCGUAUCCAACUCUGCAUCAUAUCGCCUGGUAGCUUUGAAUCCUAGUUUAGCUUGGCAUCACACACGUCACGGUAGAGGAGCUUACCGCCUAAUGAGAUAGGAGAGGCCAAUCCCAGUGGGUCAUAGAUCCGUGCCACUUUGCUUAAGAUUCCCGCUUGCUGGGAUCAGCUUUUUCUUGUGGAAAACUUACUCCGAUGGUAUCGUUUGCUUUGUCCCAUGGCAAACCAAGCAGGGUAACUCCUUCUCUUCUGGGGACGUUUAACUGCUCCUUUGCAUCGUUUCUUCCUCAAUCGAGACUGGUUCAGAAGCGGCUGGUUCAGAGGCGGCCGAUUCCAACUCUCUCACAUUCGAAUGCCAUUUAUGCAACUCGAAGGUGCCCUUGGCUAAUACUUCCUGAGAAGCUGAUUUGAUUUCCUUUGCCUUUUCACAGGUAGGGCCACCACUGAUGAGGUCGUCGACGUAUAAGCUGCGUUCUAUCUCGCUGACAACGUCCGGGUGGUCUUGUCUGCAACUCUCCAACAGGUGCUGGAUCACGCCUCCCAGGAGGAAUGGCGAUGAUGUGAGACCGAAGAGGGCUCUUGUAAACCUCAACGUCUCCACUGUUUGACUGCUUGGGUCCUUUAACCAAUGAAAUCGCAGCGCAUCACGGUCUGGCUCCUUGAUUCGUACUUGAAGGAAAGCUUGCUUAAUGUCUCCUGCGACUGCUAUUGGAUGAAAUCGAGAACGAACUAGGACACUCCAGAGUUUGUUUUGAAGAGGUGGUCCAGGAUUCAGACACUCAUUUAACGAGGGUGCACCAGAGUAGGCCCGUGCUGACGCGUCAUAGACCACUCGAAGCUUAGUGGUUUCUGCUGUGUCGCUGCACCACUGCCUUGUGAGGAAUGUAGAAUUCGUGCUGCCCAGUUGCGGGUGUGCUAACUCUCUCGACUAUCCCGGUCUUGAUUUGGUCUUGGAUUACUUGAUCGUAACGUUCUAUCAUUCCUUGGCCACGCAGCUUCUUUCUGAGGCCUGUUAAUCUGCGAAGACUUCCUGCUUCGUUGGUUGGUAAAGGUGCGUGGUUCCCUUUCCAUGGUAGGCUAGUUUCGUACCAACCCUCAUCAUCUCGUCUUAGUUGCUCUUUGAACUCUGAAUACACCUCGUCUUGGUCACCAGUUGCACAAUCUGCCAGUCCAAGCACGUCCAGUCUGCACAAGUUGUCGUAAUCUACCGUUGAUGUCUGCGUCAGGAACAUGGGAGACAGAUCCACUUCUUUGCCCGGUGAAAUAAUGGUCCAUCCGAACUUAGUUUUCUCGGCAAUAGGCUCGUUUUGCGGCUCCAAUAAGAGGUGCUGUUACAGUCUUGAUCUUAGUAUAGUCACACACUCCCAAGAUAAGGUGCACCGGAAGGUAAUCCUUUGGGUCCAUAUCGUCCAUCUUCUCCCUUCAAGUGGUCGUACCUUUCCAGGACUUGCCCGGUAGCGAGGGUUUUCCAGGGAUAAAAGCUGUGCCUUAUUCACCUUAGUCACGUCCGUUUCAAGGAUGAAAUCGCUCUGCAGUGAACUUAUUUGCACUUGAAGAUUUCCACCGGCUUAGUGACUACUCCCAUCAUCAUUUCGAUCUGUCGUACUUCUCGUUGAUGAGGGCGAAUCUUUAUGUGAUCAAGUAACGCUGCUGAAGCGUAGGAACUUCCGGCGCCGGUGUCUAGUAACGCACGACACUUAACUCCCAUCACUUCCACUACGACGACUGGAUAGAUCACAGUUGGUCUUUGCGUUGAAGUCGCUGUCAUUAACUGGUUACUGACGCUGUUGCAGAUGGACGUGUGAUGCCUUCUCUUACAAAUCUGGCACAUGGAACGGCUUUUGCAAUCUUCAGCCCUGUGUUUGCCUCCGUGCAAUUGAAACAAAGGCGUUUGUUGCUAAGCAUCCUUUUGCGAUCGUCGAGGCUGGCUACCGUUUUGCAGUCGACCGAUCUGUGAUCUUGGCUUUCGCAAAAAACGCAUCCCCGAUUUUUGCCAUCUCUCUGCUGUUGGACUUGGAAAUUCUUGUCACGCCAGGGUUUGUCGACACGCCAGGGCUUAUCGCUUUGCUUGGAUUGGAUCGGGUUUCUUUCUGUCCAUUUUCAAGCUCAUCCACUAACCUUGGAAAAUUCCACUCUCGCCAAGAAUCGUCUGUUCGCACAAGAUCCCCUCUUAUCCCCGGCAGCUUGUCAAUAGUCAUCCGCACGUAUCCAUUCACCUCUCGCAGUUUUCCCAUUGUUUCCAAUGAUUGCACAUUGAAAAGAAGCUUCUCGUAGAAAUCAUGGAUUCUGGCUGGCUGUGUUCCUCAAUUGUAGGCAAAGACAUGAUGUUUUCCACGCACGCGUUCACGACCUCGCUUGUUUGUCCAUACUUCCUUGCCAGGAUGUUCUUCGACGCUUUCGUAUCCCUCUACUGAGAAGGGCAAGCCGUCUAUUUCCUUUCGUAUCUUGGUCUACGAGUUCCUUUAGGUAUGAGUACUUUGUCACGCCAGCUAUUUCUGCCUUGUCAAUCUCGGUUUCAAAUUGACUCCAGAACCGUGGCCAAUCCGUUAGUUCACCUCUAAACUUUGUAAUGACGAGCUUAGGAAGUUUGGCGGUCUUCGCUGCUUGAUUUGAGGUCGGCUCCGUGGUCUUGAAUGGUUUGCUUUUGUCUCCUCGAUCUUCUUCUCAUAUGUCAGCCUCAUCUCCAGUUGCGUUCGUUUCAAACUCAAGCUGAUCCUUUCUUGACUGCUCCAGAAAGGCUUGUUGACCCUCAUUUUCGAAAGGCGUUCUCUUUGCUUGUAUUCUGUUAACCAUUUCCGCAAGUACGCGAUGUUCUCAUCAGCAGAUGUUUGGGCGGCUUCAACUGUGAGGCUCCAUUCUGACACGUCUUCAAGUUUCUCUCCGUUCGCGAUUUUUCGCUUGCUUUCGAUUUGAAGCUUAAAAUCUUCCACCUUCGUUUCGAUAGAUCUCAAGGACUGAAGUUGGCGGUCCACAGCUUCCACAUUUCCCUUUGCGGUGAUUCCUUCACUCUUAUCCCUUGUGAAGUUGAGCAAUUGUAGUUGUGUGUCUAGAUCCGUGGUAAGUUUCUCCAUUGUAAAAUCCCGGCGUCAGAUCUGUUUGUUUUCCCUCUGUUCAGUCCCGUCGGAGGUGCCACUUUGUGUUGGGAAUGGGAUAUUUGCUUGCAACACACUGUUGUCCCGAUAAACUCGCGCUAAACGGUCCUAAAUCACUCACUCACGAUGUAAGGUUUUAAACAUAUAUUCUUCACUCACAGCAUCCCCUGUUUUUAUUACAACACAACUCCUGAUAAUUUUUCAACGAAAGAUAAAGCGAUUCGUUUUAUGUUUCCUUUGAUUUGGCAGAUUCGAUGCCUAUCUCUUUCCGGUCACUUAACAAUCAAAUUCUAUAUGCGAUAUGAGGUUUGAUUACAUAUGUAAACACGCGAUUUACGACACAAAAGGUCACUUAUUUAUUAAGGCUGAUCUUAACAGUUCCCUUACUAAGCUUAAUCCAACUCCUCUAGAGAGUCUAUGAUGAGGAUCAUGUUAGCUUAAAUCUUCAUAUACUUAUUAUUAUUAUUUUUAUGAUUAUUAUUGUUAUCAUCAGCAUUAUUAUUAUUGUAAAAUUAUUUUAGCCAUCUGGUUUUGGUUUGACAGUAUUUCUGUCAAUUCGUCAUUUACAUGAUUUGGCAUAAAAAGUUCUUUCGUCCUCUAAUUCCCAUUCUUUCCAAGAACUAUGAAAGAAUGGAACAGCCUGCCGCAAAACAUGGUUGAGUUGCCAUCACUGGCCUCUUUCAAGGCCCGGUUGGCUAAACAUUUUUGGAACCGAGAAGUAAAUUUAAAUUAAACAAAAUUAUUAUUAUUAUUAUUACUAUUAUUAUUAUUAUUAUUAUUAUUAUUAUGACAGUAUACACAUAUGGAUGUCAUUUAGCAACUACCACCAGGGACGUUGGAUGUGACCCUGGGACUCUAAGGAACAGCCCCAGAAAAAAAUAUAUUACACAUAUAUAUAAAUAAAUAAACACAUAAAAUUAAUAUUAUAUAUCUAUGUAUAAAUAAAUAAAAUGAUAAUACGAUAAAUUUAAGAACAAUCUGCAACUAGAAUGCUAAAUGUCCAAGUCUGUAGAUUUCCUUAACUCCCAUUCACAAGAUUAAAAAGGUAUAUACGUGUCCUUCAUGAUUAAAAUGAGGCUUGUACUAUGUUCCAACAACUUUAAAAGUCCGGGCAAUGUCUAAACUACCCGAGACAAUAGAUCGUUGCAUUCUCCUUCACACCUCGUUGCCCUUGUUUCCUAAUAACUGGCUAACGGACUCCUCCAUAGAACUAGACCAUCCUCUCAAGACAAACUGCCUGCUGAUAUUACAAAUGUUGCUUCCUUAAAUAGUUUUAAGAAAUCAAUCAAGACCUUUCUUUUUAACGACUCACUUGAAAUUUUAUUUUUUACUUUUUCUCCAUUCAAUAUUGUAUUUGAGUUUAUAUGAAAUUUUUGUAAAGUGCUUUUGAUCACAUCUGGAAAGAGCACUAUAGAAAUUUUUAAUUUAUUAAUAUUAUUUGUUAUUAUGAUGUUAUAUUGUGUGAUCCUGUAUCCCUUGAACUGUUGCUCAAGCUCCCAGCAUAGGGACCCAUACUUCACCCCCUUCUCCUUGUCUUUCUUCUCUCAAUUCUGGAUCCAAGGGCAGCUCAUUUCCAGAGUCGUUUCUGUCUUUUCUUGAUGAACUACUAUCCUUGCAUCCACUCAUUUGGCCCUAACUUUAUUAUAUUCUGCAAACAUGGGAAUAUCCCAGUGGGCCUGCACAUCCUAGCUGUUGUAGAGUGACUUUGGCUGCACUGGGGAGUACCAAGGCGGAACACAAGAUCUCGUAGAAGCUCAAAAAAUAACACCUUCAAGGCUGAGUUAUGCCUUUCUAGGUAUUUGCAAUGUGCCAAAGCUGAACAGCCAGCAAAGAUAUGUGGACCGCUUUCUGGGCACUUUCCACAUAACUGACACAUCACAUCAUCAGGUAAACAGGUCUUUAUCCUCUUGCUGGUGUAGAGCUUAGUUGGUAGGAGCUGCUCGUAGAGCUCAUACAUUCCUGCCACUGUGUAAAAAGGGCACACAGACCACUCCCAUUACCAAGCAAAACAUGCCUUCUAUCCAGACCUUGGUCUUCUUCUCUGGCCGUGAGUAGCUUUCCUUGCCAUUUCUCAUUUUGGAUCUUAUCCUGACCCAUUUCUUUCUCGGCUACCUUUAGCUCAUUCUCUUCCUUUUCACACAAAAUGUCUCUCUCAUCCCUUACACAUAGGCUGAGAAUGACUAUGGUCUAAGGAGAUCCCCAUCUCAUUUGCAUUACAUUUAGCCUCCUUUACCAACGACUGGUGGCCUUUGAUUGUGGUGUGCUCUUCAAACUACCAAACGAGCUGCAUUGUAGGGUCUUUGUUGCUGUACAGCUUUACAGCUGCUUUCACUUGGGUUUGCUUGUACUCUAUCUCCACUGAUUUUAAACCACACCAUUCUGUUAUUAUUAUUAUUAUUAUUAUUAUUAGUAUUAUUAUUUUAUUUUUAUGGGACUGUGAAAUGUUUUUUUUUUAUGGAAACCCUGACCACUUGGAAGAAUCAUCUUUAUAGAUGGAGCCAAGUAAUGGCAGAAGAAGAACUCCCCCUUUCAUAAUUGAGACAUUUGACAAAAUAUAUGUAGUGGUUGUAAACUUUAAAUCAGGAUGAAGAAUUGGUUCAUUAUCUUCAAAUGAAUGUCCUGCUGUGUCAUCCUGGAGCAUUUCUAGAUAAUCUGCUGCAAUGUAUCAGUUUUUAUCAGUUUCCAUUCAGUUUCCAUUUUCCUGCCUGUGUUUUUUUGGCCAAGCAGUACUAAGGAUCAGAAUUCAUGUAGUGAUAAUUCAGGCAUAGAUCUUGACAAAUUUGGCCAGUAUUGGUCAGAUUUGCAAUAACAACAGAUAAAAUAAUAAUGUGGAGUUCACUGUCAUUCAUUAGGUGUUUUGCAGUAAUUAACCUACUCAUUCUGCACUGUCUUGUAGGCCAGGUGCAGACAUGACAAUUAUUAAUCUGGUGCUUGCAUAGUGAAAGUCCACUAAAAUAUCAUGAAAAAUAAGCAUGAUAAUUUCAGUUUCCCUUCAAUUUGGUUUGUAAAGCAGCCCAGUCAAAAUAAGCUUGAAGCUGGCAAAUUUGCUGUUUCCAGUGAAAAUAUUACUGGCUAUCUACUCAAAACUUAGACCUCCAAAGUAUUUAGAAAAAAUUUAAUAAAAUAAUGCACUUCAUUUGAGUGUCAAUGUGCUCAGCACGAAAGUACUAAUAAUUAAUAAUAUUGGGGACACUAUUUUUAUGUCUCCUACUGGAGACUUGACCACCAUUUUACAUGGUCAUCCGAGCCACUGGAAGAUCUAGCUGCUUGCAGGGCAAAGGAAGUGCCUUCAUUUGUCAGUUAUUUAAGACCCUGAGUAUUGGUCUGGCCCCGGGAAUUGAACGUGUGACCUUCCCCUCUGAGGUCAAGUGCUCUACCGACUGAGCUAAUCCUGCCACCAGCACAUUUCUCCAUCAUUAAAAACCACACAAAUCUAGUCCUUUGCUCCCUGCUAUCUUGGUUAUCCUGCCUGCUAUUAUGAAACGUUUUGACUGGGCAGUGGAAUAAUAAUUUAUUACAGUUAUCCCAAUAUAUAAAUGGUGGAGUUUUAUCCUUGGUGUGACUGUUUCUCAGCUGAGGUCAAAUAUUCAAUACAAAUACAGUGUACCAUCUUUUCGGGUUCAAAGGGAUAUCAGUCCCACAUCAGUGGACUAGUUGCAUAAAUACAGAUGCUUUUUUGAGAAGCUUUGUUUAACAUUUAUUGUUUUGUUUUCUUUUUUCUAACUGUAGACGAAACCAGAUAACCAGCUUUCCAACUGAGCUGUGCUCCUUACCGCUGCAAGUUCUGAACUUGAGUAACAAUAAGCUUAGCACACUCCCAGUAGAAAUUGGGCUUUUAACAUUAUUACAAGAUUUGGUGAGUUAUACUCCAUUCCUUCAAACAUGAAAAAAAAGUUUAGAUAAAAUAAAUCAAUAUUACCUUGCAAAAGUACUGCUGAAGAGGUUUGUGUGAAUGGUCACACCACAGGAUUUAGUCCAUGGAAUUACAGCACAUUUCUCCAUCAUUAAAAGUUAAAAAGAGCAUAAAACUUAUGUCUACAUUAUGGAAUCUCUACAUUGAACUUGCUUUUGCACUGUUUGGGUUUUCCCAUGAAUCGUAAACAACUAAGAGCACCUGAGAUAUUUUUUGCAUAUGGAUUGUGUAGUUACCAACAUAGCAGAGUCAAAAGAUCGUGAUAUACCAGCAGACACUAAAAACAACAGACUAGUAAUUACUGUUACUACUUGCAGUAAUAGUUUUCUGACAAAUCAUUGCAUGUUUUUUGUAACGCAACAACAUUCCAGAAAUAUUUAAUUGUAGAGUUCGCAGCUCUCUGAGUUUCACAGUAAUAAUUUGAUAUUCUUUUGUUUUGGCUUAUUAUUUCUACACAGGAUUUAAGUUCAAAUGAAUUAGUCCACUUGCCCAAUAGCAUGGGAGAGAUGAUAUCUCUAAAGGAUUUGAACCUACGGAGGAAUCGCUUAGAAGUUUUACCUGAUGGUAAGAUAACUAUCACUUACUUGUUUUUAUUUUUUUUUUCAUUAGCUGUUAUUCGAAAUGAUGUUAUGAAGAAGCUAAGCUAGUCAAACUUUUAUUGAUUUUUACCUUCUUUUCUCAUACCUCCCAAUAAGUUUGUCCAUACCGUAAGAAAAUUAUAUGUCAUUGUCACCCCAUCGUCUUCUUGAUUUUAUUCUGGAUCCUGUGCUUAAACAUCAAUGAAAAGUGGUCUUUGUGUUAGUUACAAAUCAGGGUUGUCAGAAACUUUUGAAGGAGAUGGCUGAGUUGUCAAAGUAAGCGGCCAGUCCAGGGGUAUUUUAUUUAAAAAAAAAACACCAUCAGGGAUAUUUUGUUUUAAAAAAACACCAUCUGUAAAGAAAUGCCAAGCAGACUAGCUGACUGUAAAUUAACCAAGUAGGCGGCGAUUUUCGCUGGCAGCCGGCUUCUUUUGACAACCCUGUAAAUGCGUUGUUUUUCCUUUUUUAUUUUGCAGAACUUAGUAAAUUAAAAUUGGUUAGGUUAGAUUUUUCAUAUAACAAAGUGUCAGUAAUUCCGCCUGCAUACCGGCUUAUCACCAGUCUUUCUGUGUUGGAGCUGGCUCACAAUCCUCUGACCUCCCCUCCUGCCCAGGUAGGUGAUCCUCAAACCGUUGCCUUUAAAAUGGAUCGCAAUUGCGGUUUUUGAAAACUAGUAUUUCAAAGUUCAUUAUUUUUGUUUGUAACAUUUGAUGUGGGCUUUGAGAGAGAGAUUUGUUUGAUAUGAAGCUGUGAUUUUGUCAUUUACAAUGUUAAAACAAUGAGCUACAAUGUAGAUAGCUGUGACAGCCCCUUAAGAUGAAGUAAUCUUGACUCAAAAAAGCUUGAUCAAACGUGACAGAUUUGUUAUAAAGGCAAAGCUUACUGUAGUCAGGUGUAAAAAUUAGAUUGGUUUGAAAUAUUUUAAAACCUCUUAAAAGUUUCACCAAACCAGAAACAGUUGAGCUGGGCUGUGGUGUAGCGGAUGUAAGACAAAAGAUUGGAAAGACACCACACCACAACACAACACUGACAAGAGCUAACCUUCAAUGGUUAUUGCAACACCUUUUUUUCUAAACACUUAUUAUUUAUAGUUUCUGACAUCACGGAGGCAAUGUCGCAGAGCAAUUAAAGUGCUGGAGUUAAAAUCCAGAGGCCCUGAAUUCAACUACCCCAUAUAUGCUAGCUGGAUUUCUUUCUAACAGUCCUGGAUUCAACUCUUACACUUGUUGGCCAUGCUUGUAAAUAGCCAAGUGGUUGGCCUGCUACCAGUGGGGAUUCUUAACCCUAUUAUUAUUAAUAACAUUUUUUGAACUAGUUGUUUCAUUAUCCCUGAAAGCCCUUAAAGGGACAGGAUAUAUAUUUAUUUAUUUAUUGUUUAAUUAAUUGUAAGCAGUUGACCUGGUUACAGUAACUGCACAGUGAAUCCUCAAUAAAUACUUUCUGUCUUUUGACCUUUUACUACUUCAGGUUUGCACGAAAGGGAGGUUACAUAUUUUCAAAUACCUUAGUGCAUCUGCACAUGAACAAGAAAAGGUGAGUCCCUGUACCACUACCUGAUGAAAUACCUGUAGGUUGUGUCGGCUCACCUCAUUUUUGUAAGUUACAAUAAAUCCUCUAUUAAGCCCCAUGGGGAUGGCAUUUCAAGCCUAUUUGGGGUGAGGGGGAGGGGGCUUAUGUAAUUUAAAAACGACGAUGGUAUCAGUUCUCAAUAAAGAACUAGAAUACAAAGUGGAAAAGCUCAAGAACAAGUUUAGGUCAUGCAGUUUAGGAUCAGAAUCAAAUCCGAACUUCCAGAUGGUAAAUAAACUAUCCCGGAUCAGUUCGCACAAAGUUUUACAGUCGUGAUUGAUUAAUACAGUCUUUCAUUUAUUAAUGAAGAAUAAUUAGGGGAGGGGAGGGGGAUAAUAGAAAGGGGGGGCUUAUUAACUUUCUUCCCUUAAAGGGGGGGGGCUUACUAGAGGGAGGGGGCUUAUUUGAGAUGGGGGCUAAAGAGAGGAUUUAUGGUACUUAUGUUAUUUGAGCCAAAAGCCCAGUGUUAUUUUUGUCUUAAUUGAAUUCAUAAUCAGUGAUUGCCUUAUUUCUAAGGCUACCUUCACAUCACGCCAAAUGAAUUUUUGACCGGCUGAAAAAUUUGACCAGCUGCUUUGUUUACACUGGACCGUUCAAUACUUUCACUCUGUUCACCCGGCACUUUAAAUGUCUAGACAUCUAAAUUUUCUCACGGUUAAGGUGGUUCCAUGUAAAAACAAAUCACCUAAAUGCAUGAAUUUUCAACCGAAAUGUCCAGUGCAGUUUGAACAUAGUUUAUUAAGUACUUUGUUCCAUGUGACAAUUUAACAAUAACAUUAUUUAUGACACAAAAAUAUUAAACCUUCUCCAUCUGCCACGACUAUAGUACUGAUUGCCCUGUUGAGGAUAUUUGUAUUGGUGUUGAAGAGAACUUUGUACAAUCCCUACCCUAACAGUGCCGAAUUCUCUGUAAUGCAGUCUUCUUGUCGGUAAAAUCCAGUCUCAGGUUAAACCAGAAUUUUCCUUGUCUCUCAAAAUUAUAAUAGGACCAGGAACCCCUUUCCCAAAAGGCCAGGUAACUUUUUGGGCCAAAGGCAAAUUUUAAAAUCUAAACCUGUCAAAUAGUUGUACAGUUUUUAGCUCACAAACCCGUCAAUUUUGCUUUUCAUCGUACCAUUUUCAACAUUAUUGAAACUUUUCUUGAGUGCAAACACAGCAAACAUAAAACAGCUUUCUGUGCCCGAAAAGUUGAGGGACAUUUUGAAAAACAGCCCCAUGGAAAGAAAAGAAAUUCAGAACCAAACUAGGUUGAUUACUGGUUUAAUCUGAGAAUGAUUCGUACCUAGACUGGAUGCACCUGCUUUCCUUGGUUCUGGCCAUUUGGUGCCUGCAGUCGGUCAGGAGGUUUGAUAUUAGAUUCCUGUUGAUAAUCUUUCAACCUUUUUUUUCUCCUUGUAGAGAAGAAAUUUUGACAGAAAUCUUAGAAAAUAUCCUAUGGCAAGAUCUUCAAGGUCUGUGUUAAUUCUGUUUUCACUUGAGCAUGUCAGUCUUCCAACCUAAUUUCCCUUUUGAGCACUUUUUUUAAUAAAGCUGUACAGGUUAUCAUAAAGGGCCGUAAACUUAUACAUUUUACUUUUAUUAUUUAGUGUAAUUGUGGCUAGAAAUAGUCUUAUUGUGUUUCAACAUGUGAAACCUAUGACAAGGCGUGCAUGUAUACUAGGGAAGAGUUUCGUCAAGUUUUCAUCGUUGGUGAUGUGAACUUCAAGCCGUGAAGUUCAAAACUCAUUUUGUUGAUUAUCAGCCUAAGAACAUGUUGGUGUUCGUCCCAGUUUAAUAGAUCAAUGUUUAUCUGACAGCUCUAGUCAUCCUGUUUCUUGGCUAUUCUUUGUUUUUGUAUUUCAUCAUACUGCUUUGGCCUUUAUUUUACAGUGAUGAUAUUCAGGAAAAUCACAGAGUCAGAAAAUCACUCUCUUUGGAUUUAGCUCGGAAUGCUUCUCAACGGGAGGUGAGUGCUCAUGGCCUUUAUACUGCAAGCAUUCAGAUCAAUUUUAAAGCUGAAGUGCUCACAUGAUAAAAUAGAGAUCCUAUUAUCUUGAGAGCCACAGACUGACAUCAACUUAACGUUAACAAACUAUUCUUUAGAGGGGUCUGGUCAGCUGUCAGCAGUUAUUUGUAUCUGGAGCUAGUCUGCCUCAGGAUCAAAUGACCUUGCAGAAUCUCUAGCUCUAAUUUCAUUGGAGGCAACUAUUGUAAUAUUAUUAUUUGUACUAAUCCUACUCACUGUGCUUUUUCUGUACGAGUAAUUCAGAUCCUGUUUAGGACAACAAACCCUGGCCUGUCCAGGAGCACAUCUCAGACUGUGUCUACCAAAUAAGUAAUUUCCCUCCUGAAAGAUUGUUGUUUGGUCUUCUUACCCUGUUUCUUCUUCACUAGUCAUUUGAAAAAGAUGGUUAUCGAUCAAGUUCACUGCGAGACAGAGAGAGAAACAGACCUCCAAUGUCCAAUGUGUUUGAAACAGAAGAAAAAAGACGUGAAAUUCAGAAGGAGAUCGAAAGAGCUCAGCAACUGCUCUCUGAUGCCCAUGAGAUUGGAGAGGUGGGGGAGGUACCAUCAAGGCCAGAUGAAGAGUUUAAUGAAGGAGAGGAACUUGAAAAGGUUUGUUUUAUUUUUCAUUUGAUUUUAGCCUGCCUGGGUAGCCAUUGGAGCAUGGCAGGCACCAGUUAGUUCUUUCGGUUAGUUUGUAGAGCAUGCGAGCUAAAUAAUGUAACUUUCUCCACUGGUUUUGCUAAUUGGAGUAGUUAACCUCACCAACUAUGAAAUGUUGUGUUUCAAUACAAGAACAAUCUGUUUUGUUGAGCAGUCUGGUUGACACAUGUUUGGUUUCUCACAGUAUUCACUCUAGUUGCACACCAAAAAUGUUUUAUAAAACUUGGUCAACUUUGGAGGUGGAGUGCUCUAGAGGUGCUUUGCACUCUGUUUCAGGAGGUUCUGGUUCAGGUUCAGGCCAUGUAAUGGUCAUUGUGCUGUUUUCUUGGGCAAGACACUUUCAGUUUCACAGUAUAUCACCUCACCCAAUUUUAUAAAUGUGUACCAGUAAAUUUAAUGCUGGGGGUAGCCCUGCAGUGGCUUGGUAUCCCCUCCAGGGAGGAAUUUAUAUCCGUAAUCACUCUUCUUUCACAGAAACCAGGUUAAGCUCUGAGCUGUAACCUCACCUUACCUUACCAGUAAAAUAAACAUAUAGAUUUGUGACCUUUUCCUUCUGGAAUCAACCACUUCUCCUAAACUAUAAAAUCAGUUUUCCUUUUCUCAUUUGUUCUAUUCAUUUGGAAUGUUGACAGAAUACCUGGGUAGGCCAGCAAUAAGAAUACCACCCUAAGGAAGGUACAUAACAACUACCACACAGUACAUUUUUAUUUGGUUCAGUGACAAAGUCAUUUAUUAGUCUAUUAUUCGACCAAGUAUGGGCCUUGAAUUGCCCUUUUUUCUCACUUUGGUACAUGGAGGAGGGGAUAGCUUUCAUGAGAAGAGCAUGUUUGUUGUUUUAUGAAACUCUCACAGACAGCAACUCGCCUGACUUUAAGUUUGUGUACUGUAGCUAUGUUUUUUAUUUCUUUAAACAUGAACUUUUGCUCUGUAUAAAAAAAGUAAUGUGAAAGUGGAAGAAUAUUUAUUAUUAGUUCAUUGUGUACAUGUAAGAACCAGUAUACUUUGUGCCUUAACAUUUCCUAUCUGACACUGUAGUCAGAUUCUGUACUUUUGUUGGCAGCCAUUAACAAUACCAUUUUAGUAAGCAGUAUUUCACAGAACCUGAUGCAAGCACAAUGAAAAUGCAGCUGCAUCAGAGAAACUAGAAAAAAAUAAAAGUGACAGCCAGAGUUUUUCAGCUAAAAUAAUGAUUACAAUAAAUUAAGGAUUAACUUAACCCCUUAAAGGGCAGAAUAAUCAGUGCAUAUGAUGUCAUGGAACUGCUUUUAAGGCAGCUUGUAGUCUAGUUUCAUUUGAGGUUGUUUGUGAGUGUGUUUCAUUUUUUCGUUCAGUCAUCUUCGAUAUUUCACUUGAAUUUGCCUUUUUAUUUGGAGCUUUUAACUUAAAUGUCGGGAAGAGCAUGGUGUAGGUGUGUAAAUCUUUACAUUUUAGCCUCAAACUGAGUCAUUUUACAAAAUCACUAAAACAUUUAGAGAGGGAUUACGCAUGGCAGGAAGACAGACAGGAUUUUACACAAUGUUUUCAAUGAAAGUGAUGUCUCUGACUCUCUGAGGGUGAUUUUGGCAAUGAUGCAAGCAAUAAUAUAUGUUUAAACUUAGCAUGUACUCUGGUAGAACAUUAAUUAUUUUAAUUAGCUUUCAAAUGGUAUAUGGCAAACCAUAUUUAGUUACAAUCUUGGAUUUACAGGUAGAUGAUUUUUUGUAACAAUGACCUCAAAAUUGUUAUUUUUAUUCAGUGGGUCCUGUCAGAUUAAGUGUUAAAUAGUCUUGCACUGACCAUUAGCUGAAGUUUUCCUAGCCUUGCACAUAAAUAGCGAACUAUUUACCUCCUGUCACUUGGGGUUGUUUGUCAUGUUAUGUCUUAUUUAGAUUUUUUGUUUGUGAUUAUUUGUGUGGAGUGCCUGCAAACUAGCUGGAAAAGUUAAGUGCUCUUCAACCAUGAACAAAAAUUAACAUUUACUUUUAUAAAAGGACAUAAUAUAAAAUUACUCCUAAUGAAGAAGUGAAUCUUGUUUGUUAAUUGAUCAAUAAGGUCAAUAACCAGAGCCUAGUACCAUCAACUGACUUGAUACAACUCACUUUGACUCCAAAGAUGAUUACCUUACAGGUUGUCAAAACGUCAGUCACUGUCAACAACAGUCCUAUUCAGGACUAUGUUCAUGUUGAAGAUCAUGCUCAACCUUCUUAGGAAAACAGUACUGCUUUUCACUUCUAUCAGCAUGUACAAUGCAACCCUUAGCUGAGUGUGUCAAACAAGGCAUUGUGUUAUGUAAAUCUCUUAUUCAAUUGCAGCUCUUCUUAAUAAGUCAACUUUUUAAAUAGUACGGCUGUAUGCCUAUUAGAUUAGUUUUCUUGGUAUGGAAAGCUAUCAAGAUUAUUGCUUGUCAGAUGUAUCCCUUUUUAAGACAAAGCUCUUGUAACUCUUGAUAAUAAUGAUUAACUAAAAGUGUAAAUAUUUUUUUCUUUGAUAAACGUUUAACUCUUAAAAUAAUUUUUUAAUAUUUUUAUUGGUUAAUAGUCACACAUGCUUGCCCUCUAAAUAAUUCUGUCCUUGAAGCAAGGUGAUUCAGAUUAACUUAAAAUAAAAUUCAUCCAGCUAAGUCCUAACCAGAUUAACCUUUGUUGAGUAAAAUUAAAAUUGGCAAAUUUAAAAGAAGAAAGGUGUCAAAGGCUUAAGUUUCUGUGUGGCCAUUAACAUUGCAUUACUUUUUGGAACUAAGUUGGGACAUGUCAGUACUUAAUUCCAGGAAGUAAUUCCUAAAUGAUUGGCUUGCACAGUAACUUUUGCCUCUCCUUUUGUUGCAGAUAAAUGCUCAACCUCUUCUGCAGCAUUCUGUUUGGAAAAACGUCUUCAGCAAAAGUGCUUGGCCCUUUGUAGCUGUUCUGUUGUAUGCAAUCCUCAAUCCUGGGACAGUUUUCCUGUCCUUACUUGUAGCUGUGAUCUGCAUAUUUGUUGUCUGGCUUUUCAAUGAAGAAAAACACAGGAACUUGAGACAAAUUUCCAAUCGAUCCACUGAUAAGUCCUCCCAUUAUAAAUCACCUCUGGUGAAGCCAUUUGCAAGAUAGAUAUUGUUGAAACUGCCACCUCUAAAUAAUGUUUAUGUGAAUAUUUUGUGAGUACUGGUAGUUUAAUUUAAAGUUGUCGUGUUUCAGAAAAUAACCAUAACUUGUUCCUCCUUGCCACCAUCCUGCAUGGAAAUUCCAGUUUAGCCUCAAGAACUCCCUUUUUGUAUGUUUUUUUACUCCUAAUCUUUCAGUGCCUCUCUAUGGAGUGAGGAGAUAGUGGCUGUUUCCUGAAAAUUGUAGACAAAAUAUGCCAAGAUAUUCUUCGUAAGAAGAGUGCUUUCAGCUUCUGUUUCAUUCCCUAAAGUUCCAAAAGUAAACUUUAAUAGCCCCCAUUUUCCCGCUAAUGCCAUUUUGUGCUGGAAAUUCUGAGAUUUAAUUAACUGCUGGUCCAAAGUGUCCCACAACUACAUGUAAUAUAUAAGCAUUAAACUUUAUUUAUUUUUAUUUAUAGUAACAUUAAAAGAUGAACUAUAUCUAAUAUUAGGAUUAUUAAUGUUACCUUUUACUACUACUUUUGAGUAUGUAUCUUGGACAAAUAGUGUCCAAGGUAAAAAAGGUUUGUGUCAGAUAUGGACAGCAGUGCCGUUAACUUAAGAGUAUAUUAUAAUAUAUAAGAGAAAAUUUAAGUUAAAAAGAAAGUAAUAACUUAUUACCUUGUAUUCCUCUUUAAACCAUAUUAAAUUACAUUCCUCUUAAAAAAAAUACUUAAUGUGUAUCACAGGAGCUUUGUAUGGAAUUUUUUCUGAGAUUUUUACUUGCAUUAAUCCAAUGUCUUGAAAAUUAGGCAGGAAAAACAAUAAUGCUUAAAGUAUUUUGUACUCUAAUGUUGGUAACAAAAAAGGAGCAUAUUGGUGCCAUUAGUAUUUAAAAAGUUUGGGAAAUAUAUUGACAGCAGUGAUGGGCUUUUUGGGCUAACAUGUUUGGAUUUCCAUACAAGUUACACAAAAAAACACUUGUAUGACAGAAAAACAAAUAUUUCCUGGAGCCAGUGAAUUAAAAAUGUAACCAAGGUCUAUGCAUUUUGAUGGCUAUAUUUAAGAAGAUUUCAUAGAUCGUUUUCUGUACUGUGUUAAAACUACACUUGUAGUGGUAAUAACUUUUAGUACCUUGAUUUAAUAAAUAUUAUUUUUGAGUUAUUGAGUAGAUAAAACUUAAAUUACCAAUAGCAAAAACACCAUAUUUCUUCUCGUGGUGUGAAAACCCAGUUACUGUAAAUGCUCAAAUUAGCACCCAGCUUCAAAUACAUGCCUUCGUUAAGUUAAUACCCCCACCAAUCCUACAACUAUGAAAUAAGUUCUCCAUUCUAAUACUCCCUUUUCCCAAGAAAAAAUGAAUUAAGGUACCACAUAUACAGUAUUUUAACCUCUUUGACAACAAUGGGUGAGGAUGGCAAUACAUAAAUUAGAGUGUCCCCUUUCAAAUUAACACCCCUUGCAUACCAGGUGAUUUAAGACAUGCUAGUGCUGGUUGUUAAUUCAAGCAUUUACAAAAGAUAUUGUAGAGAAUAAAUCUUAAAAUUCUACCACUCACAUUAGCCCUGCUCUCUUUUACUUAAGAAGAUUGAUGGACUCAGACGAAACAUUAUUUUGAAUUGGACUCAAGAACUUAGAUCAUUCUGAGUUAGAGGGUUUUGUGAAUAUACUACUUUGCUAAAAGAGUCAUGCAGAAGUGUGUAAGCAGUGCUUGUGUUAAAGGGUUUACUUGAUACUUUUUCCGAAAGGUUGCACCAUUAAUUUUGUUUCAGCAUGUUAAUACAUGUAUAAGUUAUUAGCGUUGAGUUAAGUUAUGAAGUAAGUUAUUAGUAUUGCUAUCAUAAGCAAUUGUAUUUAUAGAAGGUUUAGUAUGUUUUGUCCAAGUCUUAUUCAAAUUAGUGUUUAUUGUUAUGCUAGAUUUAUCUAACUCAUUAACAAAAGUGAAUUAAUUAUUCAAAACUCUGUUUUAAAAGAAUACCCCUAUUUUUGCUUUUUCAUGAUUCAGAGGUACAACAGAAUUUAAUGUACUAUUUACUAUUAAAGUAAGUUAUAAAAGUAUUCCAUCCGACUUAAAUGUGUUGUUAUUUGAGGAGUUUGAUGGAACAGUCCAUGUUUACUGUUUUGCUCUUUAUUGUUGUUGAAAAGUUUGUUCCUAGAAUCACAGAUUAGACUGCCUGAAGUCUGUUUCCUCGGUCUUCUACUUUUGGUUUUCGUUUCUAAAGAAAAUAACUAAAUGAACUAUACAGGACCAAGUUUCUCCUCGGCCGAAGAAGAGGGGAUUAAUACAGUCGUUUAGUACACUGCCAUCUGUGCAGGAGGUUCCAAGUUUGAUUACCAUGUGGGACCUCAAAUCCUUGUUUUGACUUCUUCCCUUUCAGUGUACCUGUAAGUAGCUUUGAACACCCGUCAAACAGCACUGAAAGAAAGGGGGAGGGGGGGUUGAAUGAGCCCAUUGGUGACCUCAGGUUGGUCAGUCUAACAUGUACUGUUAUAAGUUAUCAACUUAAAAUAAGGACCUUUACGUUGACCUUUAGGUCUCUGCUCCCCUGUUUCCUUCCUCAGUACUGGACUUCGUGCUGUAUGUCCUCUGUUAAAGCCACACCUUUGAAUAGAUAUUUCCCUGGUGCAUUUUACCUUAGGGAGCACAUACAAUAAAACAAGGUAGAGACUCGGGUCACCAGUUUAGGAAAAUAAUAUCCAUGUACCGGUAUUUUGUCAACCCAAACCUUAAGUUGGUACCUUCUUGCCUCAGCUUGUUGUGGCCACCACUGCCAAGCGGAUGUUUUGCUUAAUAUUAUAAGGCAGUUAUGUUUUACAGUCUAGGCAGGUCAAACGUACCCCCCAAGAUUGCAUUUAUGAAUCGAUUAUAUCAAAAAUGAAUCCAUUACAUGUAGUUGUCGCCGCAACUAGUCUCAAAUUCAAAUCUUUAUUCCUGCAUGUGUAAUAAGCAGUGAAUUUUUUGUGAUAACUCCUCUGUAUUCGGUCAGAUUGAAAAAUCUUUGAAUGGAUAAAAUUGUUUUGCUGACAUUUGCAUCACAUUCUAGAAAACUGAGCGGGCAAAAAUUUUGUGACUACCUCGGGUGUGAAGUCACUGUUCAUUACAUAUGCAGGAGUGCAGAUCUACAAUUACUGACAGAUUCAACCUUCGAAUAAUAAAUUAAUUAAUGCAAUCUUGGGGGGGUACACUUGACCUGCCCUGACUGUUAAGUAGUGUAAGUAAUGUCCCUGAUUCUGUGUGAUAAAGGUACCUUGACAAAUGCUGGAUGGAUAACAUGUUCAUUUUUUUUGUUUUCUGUACAUUAUUGUAAAAAAUUGCUGAACAAUUUUAAAAAAAUGAUCCUUCUCAGCAUUUAGAGAACUCAUUACAGUCUACUGUCUCUUGACGGACACCUCUAUAGGACAGACACUUUUGUAAAAUGGACACCUAGAGUUGGUCCCUGGCUUUCUUUACUCCCUUUUAUUUUGACUCUCUACAAGACGCAUUUCUCUCUUAGAUGGACACUUAGUGUCGGUUCCAAAGGUGGCUGUCUUGAAAGAGAGUUGACUGUAAGAGUACAAGAAAGAGUUAAGAAGUUUUUACUUUGCUUUACCAGCUUUUCUGGGCACAGGCCUGCCCAGAGGGAAUGUGCACAAACUGGACUCAGGUCCCAUGCAAGGUGCCAUCCCUACCCAAUCCCACAACCCAUAAAGGUUGACCACACCACUGGGGUCUACAACCCCUACUCUUUUUGAAUAGUGAUGUGGGUUUUUUUACAUCCCACAAGAACAAAUCAGUGAAAGUGUUGUGAGUGUUGGUCCAGCUGGGGUUUGAACCCGUGACCUCCUGCUCGACAGACUGGGAGUUUGAAAAUUUAUGAAGCCCCCAAACUUCAAAAAGCAUCUCCCCCCCAUAAUAGGUUUUCAGUCCAGAAGGACUUAAAAGACUUAAAUAGCAGAAAUAAAAUAAAUGGUAGCCCUGCUGAAUAUUGCAGCUGACUGUCUGUUCAGAGCUGACAGAUGAUGAUAUUGAUAUUAAUUCUUUAUAUUUGAUAAUUUUUUAAAACAGGAGUUCUUACAAAUCGAAGCUGAACAGCGUAGGAAGAGGGAAGAGGAGGAGAGACAGGUCGAGGAACGAAGAAGUGCUGCAAGAAAAUUGCAGUCACAACAUGAAGAGUUACAACAACAGAGGCAAGCAGAAAUAAGAAGGAAAAUGGAAGCUAAGAAUGGCCCUCCUGAACCAAGGUAACGUUGUUAUCUUUGAACGUUUCAUCCAGUUUUUCUUAAAAACCUUUUCAUUGUUUGUUAACAAGAACUAUAUAGGACAUAUUAGACCUUUAUAGACCUUGCCGUAGCCUUAGAUCAGGAAACAUGCAGCCCCAGCUUUGAAAUGCCCUUCCAUGGAAGCUUGGAGUGUGUAAUUCUGUAGGUAGUUUUAAAAAAGUCCUGAAGACGUUUCUUUUCAAAAAGGCUUCUUGUUGAGUAAAACUAAGGCAAACCUUUUUAUGAACAUAUAUUAGAGACUGGUCCCAAGAUUUUGAGAUUUUAUUUUAAGUUAUAUUUUAUUUGUUUAAGGCAGUUUUCAAUCUCUUUAUUAAUGUGAAGUGCUUGUGGACGCUUAAGGAAUAAGCGCUAUGUAAAUAAAUUGUUAUUAUUAUUAUUAUUAUUAUUGUUAUUAUUACAUACAGUAAAAACCUGUGCCUAAGAACCUGUCAGGCUAAAAUGUGCCAGUUACGCCCCAUCCAUACAAUAACCUGUUUAGCCUAAAAUUUGAACCAAGUUCUUAUUUCUAAAAUCUCUGAGAAAAUUCUGAACACUUCGGCAAGGAUUCAUGUGGUCAUUGUUUUCAGUCUUUCUUGUCAUAGUCAUUUCUACAUAAAUACUAAUUUGAUAUGCAGACUUGUUUACCUGGGUUUUUAUAACAAGAACCACAACAACGAUAGUGGUAAUCUUGAUUGUACUAGCAGUGAUAAAUAAGUAUUCAGUACAACAGGGAUUUUAGAAAUGAUUCUAAUCAAUUCCCUUUGAUUUUAAUUCAAUAUUUGUAGGAAAGGAUUUGGUGGUGGAGAUAGUGGGAAGCCUCCAGUUCCACCAAAUCGCCCAACGUAUAAAGUACUAAACAGGACUGGCUCAGCCAAGGAACCAACGUAAGAAAGUCAAACUUUUCAUUAGGAAAGUGACUCCAUGAUGUAGGCUCUUGUUUUUUGUGUGAAGCUUUUAACCUUUAAGGCCUCUGUGUGAAAAUUCGAAUGAAACCAUUUUGGGAGUACCUUCACAUGGUACCGUUAGUUUUAUGAAUUUAACAUGAACAAAGUUUUGAAGCUUGAAGCUAAAAUUUAAGGGCUUCAAUAUGGAGACCCUUGUCACCUUCCAGUGUGAUUGUAAGUUGAGAUAAAAACAAAAUUCUUGUUGUCUUUUUAGUUCUCCUGCUAUGGAAUCUCCAGAUGUAGCUUGGAACAGGCAGGUGAGUAUUUUUUUUUUCUUUCACCAGUUUACUUGGCUUUUCUGUUACGUUUGGUCUGUCAACUUUUUGUUGGGUGAAAUCAUGAGUAGGGCAGGGUUGGUUCUUAUUCUUUCUUGGAUAUUUGUUAAACCUAUUCAGUUAUAUUUUACAUCUUUAUGUCAUUUUAUCCACUGUAUUUUUGUAGGCUGAGAAAACAGCCAACACCCUAGCCAAACUUCCCUUUAAUUAAGUGCCUCCCACGAGCAGUAAGAACAACUGAAAUCAGAAGAUCAAAGGUAACAGGGAGAGGGCAUGAUAUUAGGCUUCAUCAUUAUGUAGUGAUGAGCAAAACACAUACAAUCCUACUAACAACAACAUGAAGAAAACAUGAACGGAUGUUGAAUUAUUUGAAACAAGGCUGGUUUCCCCGCAAAAUGACGUCUGACGAACGAGUGCAGAAAUUCCAUACUGAUGACGUGUCAUUACCUCAUAUCUGGGUAGUGCUUCUGAUUGGUUGAAAAUUUGCUUCAUCCACUCAGAAACACUACCCAGAUCUGACGCGUCACCAGUAUGGAAUUUCAGCGUUUGUUUCUCAGACGUCAUCUCAUGGUGAUACCACUGGUGGCGUAGUGAAAUGUCAGCUGUUUUCUCAAGCUAGUAUUUUUGCACAGGAAGAGGAACUGCGUGCAAGGAAGAGAGAAGCCCUAAUGCAGCAAAGCAGGAGAGAAGCUCAGCUAUCUAGACUUAGAUUUGAGGAACAACGCCUCAAGGUAAGGCAGGCAUGCUGAAAACAUAUCUCCCUUAAAAUCUUAUAUAUAUCCUCUUGUAAGCUCCCCUGGUGGGAUGGGGUCUGCAUGGUUUGGGGGGGCGGGGGCUAGGGGGGUCUUAUUUAUUUGAAGCAAGUUUAGGGAGAGAGGUCUUAUUUGAGAGGGGGCACUUAUUUAAUUUAACAAAAUGCGUUGCCAAAAACAAAAAAAGAGGAAGAAACAGACUAGAGUUAUGGUACCCUACUUCCUGUUUUGGAAUGGGAAGCAAGGGAAAAAAAACAACAAUAGCAACAAACAACAAACAACCUGAAGAUGGUUUGAAUUCUCCAUAAAGAACAAUAACGCAAAGUGGAAAAUUUCUAAAUUGGUUGUGAAGAACAAGGGGGGAGGGGAGAGGGCUUAAUAACGUUGUUCCUCUAAAAUACACAGUAUUUCAGUGUUGGUAAGGGCGGUGCUGGUCUUAUCGACACAGCCUGAGGCUUCUGUUUCUCACCUCUCCCACAUUUUAACAUUUUUAGCCUGAAAAAAGAUAACAAUUAAUUUUUAAAAAAUAUAAAUGUCUUCUUUAUUUCGACUUGUAGGGUGUUCCUUUUGUAAACUGCAUUAGAUAUAAAGCGCCUUUUUAUCCCGACCACAUUAUGUGGGCGCAAACUUAACAAUACGUGUGAUUCGCUAAACUUAUUAGUUUGACCGCAAUUUCAUGGCCCAGUGGUGGUCGUAUUUUAAUGGUUAUUUUAGUUGUAUCAAACAAGGACAACUAAACUUUGCAGCCAAGAGGGCCAUGUCUUAAAGCUUUGUAAGGCCAAACGUUCUUUCGUUUUGUUUAUUUGUUUGUUUUUUGUGCACCAUUUUUCGUAGAUGUCUGAAAUUAUCAUGAGCAUUUCACCAACUUUUUCCAAUAAUUUAUUACCUAUUUUGGUAUGUUUUCCUUGUAGCACGCGACCAAUGUUCGAGAUACACCAACUAAAUUGGUAGGUUACCUCUUAUUAGGUUCUAUAAUUAUUAUCAUUUCUUGUGAGCCCAGUGAAAUCUCUGAUUUCAUUUAUCACGGUCACGAACAGGCCAUACACAUGUGGGUGAAUUAAUCCUUUUUUUUUUUUGGUCAUGGGAAAAUUUCAGUGUGCAAUCUAGGCUGCAAGCAAGCUCUCCAAUUAGGGAGGGAAGCGAACCGCGAGAGGACGCGCGCGUGAGCGGCGUCCCCUUUUGCGUGCGGCUCUCGCGUGACUCGUCGCCUCUCCCCCAAUAUGGAGAGCUUGCUCGUAGCUAGACUUUCUCAAAGUCCUUCGUUUCUCAUUUCCGGUUCCGGUAGUUGGCCCCAGCGCGAAGGACUUUUAUCUCUCACGUUCGCUUUUGCCGCAGAAAACAUAAAAAUUCUACCGCUCGCGCUUUGCGCUCGUGAAAAAAUUUCAGCUCGACUUGUUGGCAAGUCUAGGUCGUAGCCUAUGUGCAAUCCUUUACUUGACAGCAGCAAAAUAUCCAGAGACUGAUCAUUUUGCUGUUCUUCCCAGUUUUUCAAAAUAAUAAUUUCUAGUGUUGAAAUGCCUUUUCACUGCAGUACUAGAAAAUUGUGUUUUAGAGGUCUGCUUGUUUCUUCAGCCCAAAAAUGAACAUGAUGAUGAUGUUGGCGUAUGUUAGGUUUUGAUUGUAAAAGAAAAGUAAUUUGACUUGUAUUUACCAUGAGCUUCUCUUCUUAUUUUGCAUUUUGAAGUCACAGUCAAGUUAAUGGUUUUUUCUUUUUAUUUCAGAGGUUUGCUGGAUCUGGAACUGGUGGUACUACAGUUUCUUUUGAAGGCAGGGAGACUUCUCAACCCAAUGCACAGGACAAAGGGGAAUGGGAGGUGAGUUGGAUUUGGUUCGUCUAUAAGUCGUUUCGCCAACGUCCUAAGUCGUUUCGCAUUUGUGUUAGGUUAGUUCCCUUCCUGCUUUCGCCUAAUCAGUGGCUUAAAGAACGAGGUACAUACGUGUAUAUCGGAAUUUUUCGUGUUAUGGCUGAAAGAACGAGGUAUAUACCUGCGUAGUGCUCGUUUCGGUUUUAAGUGUAACGACUUGUGACGUUAGAGAACAGGACGUUGGUGAAACGACCGGUCACUCUAGAGAUAUAAAUCUAAACUGGCUCAUCUUACUCUCAGCUCAGGAACCUAUCUUAACUCAUUAUGUAAGUGUCUGUAGAGAUGGAUGAAAAAUGAUUGUUUACAUCCUGGUUUUAGAACUGCUAGCUUGACAGUUGAUCCAUUUGAAGUGAACACUGAAAUAUACUUGUAAUAUCCUGGCUAAAAACCUACACCCCACCCAGACACCUUCUGCUCUAAGAUCGCCUCGACCGUUUUCUGUAUCACGGUAAUUGUAAUCAUUUUAUGUUGCAGGUAUAUAAUUUUACAGCAGAUAAUGACUGAUUUUGAUUGUUUUAUAUUUCAGGAGUCAGUGUUCGCAAACAUUCAGACGCGAAAACCGGCCUCUCAAGUUCGUUCCCGUAAGUAGUUGUUUAAACCACGGGCUCAAUGGACCAGCUCACCCACGCACUGCAGUGACUUCCGCUAAACUGUAAUGCAGUUUGCAGUUACUGUCGUACGAGGGUAAGAAGAAGGGAAGCUUACCACAGACUUGCAAUUUUGAGGACUGCGUUUCAAUUUCCUGCCCUGACCACUUGCUCUGGCUGUUUCUUGGUCGUUCUGUGUUCAACUCCUCGGCCAGGCUUGUAAAUAGCCAACUAGUUUGCCUCCUUCCAGAUGGGAUUCUUUACCUUGUCAUGAAGUUACCGUAAAAUUCCGAAAAUAAGCCCCUCCAUGUAUAAGCCCCUCCAAAUAUAAGCCCCCCAAACCGGUAACGCAAAAAACCCUCCGUUAAAUCGUCCCUCCAAAUAUAAGCCCCCCAGGGGCUUGUACUUGGAAAAUUGCCCUCAAAUACAAAGUAGAACAAAGAAAAAAUGGUAAAUUUACUUCCAACUAUAAGGCUAGCUCUAUCGAGUUUGAAACGCAAAUUUCCCUCCGUAGAUAAGCCCCUCCGAAUAUAAGCCCCUCCAAAAAUAAGCCCCUCAAAAAGGGCCUUUGAAAAAUAUAAGCCCCAGGGCUUAUUUUCGGAAUUUUACGGUAUACAUGUGAAGUAUUAGUUUCAGUUUCACGGCUUCUCUUGCAUUCAUGCUAUAAAAAUUAACACUGAAGAGAGUGAAUAUUGAAAGUAUUUUUUUUUUAAUGUGAUGUUGUUUUGAUUUUCAGUACCAGCGUCUUUCAGAGAUAAGGCCAAUCCAAAUUUUACAAUCAAGCGAAUGUACGACAGUGCUCGAGAAGAAUUUGAACAACUUGAAAGACUACGGGAGGUUAGUUAUGUGGCUGCUUGUUAAAAUCAUAUUGCAGGCAUGGCAUUGUAGUUGUGUGUUGGCCAAUGACGGUCCAAUAUGGCCCCAAUGUCAGCCAUUAAUUGGAAAAACGUAAGUUUGAGACAUGUUUUUAAAGAGAAGAGUUAACAAUUAUGUUGCAAAUUUUUUGUCAUCAUUCGCUUCCUCUUUGUAUGUUAAGGGCAUAGACGAAUUUUUACUUUUUUUGAUUGUUUAAUACACAGAGUAUUGAGAGUCGACUGAAAGUCACCUUACCAGAUGAUUUACUGGCUUCACUUGCUGAUGGUGUAGUACUGUGUCAUCUUAUUAAUAACAUCAGGAAAGGAAUGAUACCUAGCAUUCACAUUCCCUCAGCAGGCGUGGUGAGUGCAAUGGUAACUCAUAUUUGCGAAUGCUCUGGAGACAAAAGACUUUCUCCGAAUUCCAAAAACCGCCAUCUUUCUAAAUGAAAGCGGUCAAGUGUGAAACCUUUCAUUUCUUUGCAUAAGAACAGAAUAAUCCUUUUGAUAUCCAAAGCUUCGUACUUUUCCUCAUUUUAAACAGAGUCUUAUAACAACUCAGAAAUGUUUUCAAGUGUUUAUUUGAAGAAAGGCUGAUUGCUGAUUGUGGCGCUGUGUAUUUUAAAUACACAUGAAUGGUCAUCUUAUUUCUUGUUGCUUUGCAGCCUAAACUAACAAUGCCUAAAUGUCAGAAAAAUGUGGAUUAUUUUCUUGAAGCUUGCAGAAAGCUUGGAGUUACCAAGGUAAACAAAAAUGUCUUUUGAUAGUGUAUAGAAAGCAAGUUUUUAAGAUACAACGGGUUCAGUUAGCCUGUAAUGCAGGUCAGCGCUCAGUGUUGUCGGCAUCUUUUGAUUAUGAAAACGUGAGGAAAUUUAGGGGAGUUGAAAAUAGCAAUCCGCGUGGUAGACCUUAUAAGGAUGACAGAGCGAAUUGAGGGGAGAGGGGUGGAGGAAGAAAAUACGGAUCAAUUUACCUACCCCUCCCCUAACCCAACAUUUUGCCCUAAGUGAGAAGUAAGUGUUAAUGCUGACUUAGGGAGGGGUAGGUAGGCAGUCUUAAAUUGAUCCCCAAAAUACUUCUGUCUCUCUAUUUUGUCUCCAUUACUCCUUGUGGUUUUUGGAGGAGCCGCUAACUUAAGAAUCUGCGCGCCCCAAGAAAGUGCACGUUUUGCAGGCUAAGAUGUGUUGGAACACUAGACUACUUAUUUCUUUGCAAGUUAGUGCUGUUCUGAAUGGAACUGUCGCUACGGUUUAAUGGCAUAAGCAGCUCGUGUAGUAGAGCCAACAUCAUCCCUUCUUCAAUUUGCACUAGAUUCGUGAGACUUAUGGGAACUCGUUUGCAUUUCAUUUUAAAAACUUAUCAAUAAAUUCACCGGGUAAAAACUAUUCAGAUAAAUGUUUUAGUUCCCCUCGCUCCAUUGCACGUAUUCAGCCAAUGUGAGAAGUAUUUUCUGCUAACCCUUAUUUGAAUCAAAUGCGUGAGAUUUUCGUUUUGUCAUGAACGGGAUUUCCGACAACGUCCGAGCGACUCCCGAAAAUUUCCGAAUGUUGUCGGAAAUUUCCCAAGAUGUUCCGUCACCGAAGCUAUUUAAAAUUUCUUACAUAAGGUGAUCCUGUCUUUGUUUUCUUUGUUAGGAUAAGCUCUGUACACCAUCCGACAUUCUGGAGGAGAAAAGUCCGCUUAGAGUUUGCCAGACUGUAGAAUCAUUAUUGGAACAUGCAGAUGGAGGGGUAUAGCAGCAGAAAACCGACGCGGUUGCUGUAAAUCAGAAAUUGUACCGAUCAAAGCUAUCUGGCAACAUAGCCGUAACUUCCAAUAUCUAAGAGCCAGUUUUAUUUAAAAUUAAUGAAAAGGAGCUCGUCAUCACCAGCUUCCUUUAAUUGUCUGAAUAAGAGUACUAGUGAUUGUUACCUUACGUGUAAAAAGUGGUUAUGUUUGUAGAAAAGGAACAAAAUUGAGGUUUUAGGGUUUGUAGAUAUCCCGUUAAGAGUCCUAGGCAGGACUUUUUACGGCUAAUUCUGACACAAAUUUAUUAUUGUAUGUUGUUUCUGCAUGGAUCCACGAGUUCCGUGGAAGGUCCGAGGCUUGCUUUACGCCUUGCAAAGAAAUAAUUUUUGACAAGUUUUUGCUUAUAAAAUAAAUUCGAAAGAAAUUCUUUUUUUUUCUUUUGCAACAGCACAAUACUUACAGUUUUUCUGCGAUCGUAUCUUUUUUGUAGACUUUGUUGAGCGCGUCUAUAAAAAUGUUUAAACAAUUCUGAAAAGGAUACUAAAAUUUUUAAUUUUUUAUAAACUAGUUUGUACCGUCUGUAUUGUGAAAUAGCUUCCUCGUUUAUUCAGUUUCAUUCGAACUGAAAAUUCUACAGGUAUUAUCAAAUGCGGAUGUCAUGAUAUUCCAAGAACGUGUUAAAAUCUACUCGGAGUGGUCUGUCGUCCUAAAUCAGUUGAUGGUGGUUAUAAUUACAAUUUCCCCCCGGCCUUGUGUUAAACCUGUUUUAGGUUGCUUUUAAUAGGUUGAAUUUGUUGAUGAAUCCCGUAAAACCUGAAAAUACUAUUAUUUUUCAAUCAAAAUGAGGUUGUUAGGUUACCUUGUAACGAUCCUCGGAUUUUCCAGCUCGGGAUAGAGGGAUAAAUUAAAAAAUUGGUACGACCGAAGGUUCAAAGAAUACUCCUUCAAAAAUUUUUGUCGCGCUUAUUUUGCUUCAUCCCACUUCGUAAUUUUCAGAGAACUAGCCAAAAACGUUUGGAGGGACUUUACAAGACCAAAGUGAGCACGUAGCUGACCAAUGGGCCAUUUGCGGGUGGUCGGUCACGAGCUACAGCCAAUUGGAUCACUAGUCAGUCGGGCUGUGGACCCAAGUCCGGCGCAGGGAACGGUUGUUUCUUGGCGUUGUAAAAACUAUAGUGGGAGCUUUGCAUUGUGGUGUUUUAUUGCUAAGGUUUUUUCAGUUUGUUAUAUUGAGUCGUUCGGUGAUCGCAUUAUACGCCAUACCAAAACGCUGUCAGGAAACGCGCAACGGUACCAAGUUUGAGAAGCGUUUAACCUUUACCGAUGGCGUUGAAACCCGCGCAACCGGUGCCAAAGGCGGUUAAAUUUAAACAGACGACCUUAGCCUGCUUAGUAAGCGUUUCCAACCUUCUCAAGGAACUCGCGCGGAAACGCGUGCUGCUCAGAGCUGAUGACCUGCAUCUUGUGAUGUAAAAUAAGCAACCCACCUUGAAGCAAUCGAUACUCCGCGAAAUAAAAUGUACCGUCUCUGUCAAGUGCGGAAAUAUAGCAUUCAAUGCGGCGAAAGACGCGCAGGCGGAAUUCCACUGUUGAUUUGAAUUUGCUUUUUGGUAAAUUAGAAAAGUAGCGUCAUGUUACUACCCCAGGCAACCAGAAGUUAAUCCAAAAAUGACGCACCUGUUUUCUUGCACUUGGUACCUGCUUGAUUGAUCAAUUUGGUUCGAACUAGUUCAUGGUAGAGUUUUAAAAUUUUUGCUUUCUUGGCCUUCAACUUAAGUAUGACAAAACCGUCUUUUGUAGAAAGAAUGUCAGAUUUUACAACUGUACUCGAGAUAGUUGUAAAAGCAACCAGUGCUAUUGGUAAAUAUUCUUGUAGUUUGAAUUGAAAUACCAAUACAAUAAUUAUUAUUUCUCAGUGAAGUGAGAUGUUUUUCUUGUAAAGUGGUAAUGAUAAUCUUGUCACUAUUUUUAAAAUUUUUCAAAUACAAACCUCACCGAAAACAAUAAAAGUUAU